AUGUCGGCCUGGAAGAACUACCUCUCGCGCAGCAUAGACCACCUCAAGGCCUCGUCUCAACAGGUCCUGCGCGCCAGCCCCGAGAUCCCCAAUGGCGCCGUCCUCCCACUAGUGUCCCUCACCACCCCGGACGACAUCGCCAACUUUGCCCUCGGCUGCGACGCCGACCUCGGCGGCCGCAGCACCGUCCACCUCGACCUCGGCCCAGAAGGCAAAGGCCGCUUCUACGGCACCCUCUCGAACGACCUCAACCCGGGCCGCCGCAAGCCUGGCGUCGUCGAGCGCGGUGGCUACGCCGGCUUCCGCAACAAGCAGCGCACGUCCCUCUUUGGCACCCAGACCUGGGACACGAGCCUCCACGAUUUUUUGCGCCUCAGGGUCAGGAGCUCGGGCGACGGCAUGCGCUACUUUGUCAACAUCCAGACAGAGGGACCCGUCCGCUCCGACCUCUUCCAGCACCGUCUCUGGCUCCCCUCCCCUCCCACCGACACCUCCCCGCACUCCUGGACCGACGUCCUCAUCCCCUUUUCCGAUUUCGCCCUCACAAACUCGGGCGACCUCUCUGCGACCCAGCUCGACAUGCUCCGCACCGAGGUGCGCACCGUCGGCAUCUCGGUCCUCGGACCGCUCGAGGGCCGGUACGAGUUGGGGGUCGAGAGGAUCGACGCCGUCAGGCUCGAGGGGGACGAGGCGCAGAGGGCGAGGGAGGGACGGUUGGAGGGCCUGCCGGAGCAGAGGGGCGCCGAUGGGGAGAAGUUGUAG